AUGGAAGUCGAAUUUGAAUUGAAGGAUAUCACGACUGACAAAAAGCACGGUGUGCGCAAGCAGAUCAUGUCUGUCAAUAUAAGGCGUCCCAAAUCGGUGGAAACGUCGACCGUGUCGGCUUUCGUUAUUGAGAAGCACUACAUAACGAUUGUGAAGGCGGCCAAGGCGACGCCGAUAAUAAAGUGGACUGAGUCGAUGCUGAACGACAAAAACACGGCACUGCUUGACACACUGCCUGACCGCCUAAUGGCAGCAGACGCAAAGGUCAGUGGAAUUGUCAAGAUCAUUGGGAGCGCGACAAACCCUGAUAAAAUUGUGAAGAAGCUGGCCGAGAGUCAUUUUGCGCUCAACAGUGCGCUAUGA